AUGUCUGCUUCUCAACGCUUCAGACAGGUGAUAAAGGUGGACCGGAAAUGUGCGUCCGACUACUACAAAGGAUGUCUCAUUCACCGCAAUAUCAAAGGCUUUAUGGUUCAGACGGGAGACCCCACGGGCACCGGGAAGGGCGGCGCCUCCAUAUGGGGCGACAAGUUUGACGACGAGAUCCACUCAGACCUCAGACAUACCGACAGAGGCCUCGUCUCGAUGGCCAACAACGGGCCCAACACUAAUGGAUCCCAAUUCUUCAUCACAUACUCCAAGCAAACACAUCUGGACCUCAAGUACACUAUCUUCGGAAAAGUCAUCGAUGGUAUGGACACAUUGGAUGAGUUGGAGAAACUGGCGGUCAAUCCGAAGAACUUUAGGCCACUUAAUGACACCCGUCUUAAUGAUGUGACCAUUCACGCCAACCCUAUCGCCAAAUAGGUGUCACUUUCCCGACAACAUAGCCAUC